GCCUCUUCUCAUUUAGACAAAAAUUCAGUAGCCAGAAUGCAGGGGCGGACUCUUAACUCCGGCUUUUCAGAUUCAGACGAACUCUAAAUCUAUUCUAUGCUAUAAACUUCUACUUGAAACAUUAAAUAACUUUCUCUGUGUAGUAAAGAAGUAAAAAUGGGUGUAAGUAAUAUGACUUUGGUGAAAAUAGGGGCCAUAGGGGGAGUAGCGACUGUCACAAUGGGAUUUUUUUAUAGAAAUAAGGUUGACCAAAACAUUAAAAGCACUGUUUAUUACAAGGAAGCUUUAAAAACUGUGAGAACCAACAAAGGGGCUGUUCACCUACUUGGCGAACCGAUCAAAGAAGGAAAAAUCGACAUAGAUGAUACAGAAACAAACUUCACUAAAGAACAUUCGGCUCGUUAUGAAGUUCCAGUGAGAGGGCCAAAACAGAAAGGAAAAAUAUACUUUUGGGCUAGUAAACACAACAGCGAAUGGGUUGUCAACAGGAUAGAGUUAGGUUUAGAAGAUGAACCCAAUAGAAGAUUACUAAUUAAAAAUCUCGACCCGUAAAUCAAUAAAAGUAUAUUCAUAAGUUGUAUAUUCACAAAAUUAAUAAAUUACCAAAAGUUGUUGGGUAAAAUUCC